AACAACCAACACAAGUCACGGAAACCCAAAUCAUGUCAAAAUAAGGAAUCUACAAACACUUUUGGGGGAAUUAACCGUGAGUCGGGCACCUGGCCCCUGCAGCCGUGCGCCUCCAGCCGACGCAGGGCCGCGGUCUAAUAAGAGCCAGGGGGGUUAACAAGGGAAAAGUUGUGUUUGUGAAACAGGUUGGGAAAGUUUUUUUUUUGGCCCAAUGAAAAAAACAAACGUCUAGCGCCGUUCCUCCUGGCGCGGAUGUGGUUUCGGGAGUCGACAACAUGCUCAUUUCGGGGGAAUGGAUCCCAACUCCAGAUCUGCCCGCGGAGCUGAAAUGCGUGUGUGGUGAAGUCUGACAAAGAGGAAAGACAUGAACAAUGGCUGGCAGGGAGACGAAGAACGCGGCCGUGUACCGCAGCGUCUCUUUCAGAAAGUUGGGGUCCUGGGGCGCCGACGGCGGCGAGCACCGGCGACACAAAUCAGAGGAACCGGCGGCGGCUGGCGUCGCCCUUCCCCCGGAGCCCGGCGCGGCGCGUAAUGUCAGUGCGUCAAGAAAAGUUUCCAAGAUCUCUGCCGCCACCGCCGCCGCAGCAGCCGGCCUCCCGACCGCAGACCCAAAGAGCGGCUCGUCCACUCCUCUCGCCUCCAUUUCUCCAUCCAUCCGCCAGCUCACUGAGAAGUUCAGCAGCAGCGGCGGCGGCGGCACCGGCAGGACGCGCAGGGCACCGCCGGGACACGGCGCGGCAGUGACGCGGGGCUGCAGCUCUCUGCCCCGGGCCAGCGGCUCCAGGGGAGACGGCGGGUCUCCUUGUCGUAGAUCUUUUCACGAGGACAGUGGUGGCGGAUAUUUCCAGGACGCCGACACAACUGCAAGUACUACUACCAGUACUACUGCCAGUACUACUGCCAGUGCUACUGCCAGUACUACUGCCAGUACUACUACCUGUACUGCUACUACUUCUGCUCCCACGGACACUAGAGUGCCAAAGUUUCACUCCGGCACUGACUCUGGCUCAGACUCGGAGAAGAAAGGUGAGAAGCUGUGUGUUAGGCGCGGAUCUACCGACAGCGGCUCCGGUAAGAGAACUUAUUCACAGGUCAAUGCAUUCUCCUCGGACCCCGGACGACCUCUGAUCACAGAGGAGGAAGAGGACGUCACCGGCAGAGGGGUUCCUCCACCGUGUAAAUCUCACAGAGCUCAUCUCUCUUCACACCACGGGGACAUCAUUCCCUUGCACUCUGACAAAUGGCCCAGCGUCACCAAAAUUAGACAACUUUUUGAUGUGAGACAAAGCGAAGCGACGGCGCAGCACAAGAUUGACACCCAUGAUGAUUUAAAACUGCCGUGCAGGGGCCAAGUACAAGAGCUCAGCCCCUCUGAGAGCGCUCCCCUCUCUGUUAGAGGUGACAAACUCUCUUGCAGAUUUGCUAAUGAGGCCGGGGCCUUGUCUUUGCAUAACAAAUGCAUAGUUGGAGGACAGAGCAGAGACAGCAGCACGGCCAAGGAGACAUUUUGUCAUGCUAUGGACUUAAACUCCAAAGCUGGCCAACAGCAACACUCAAAUGAUGAGGAAUUCAUAGAGACACAAAGUUCUCAUUACAACAAAGACUCUGGCAGAAAUACUUCACAAAGCAGCAGCAGCAGUAGCAGCAAUCGUAGUUGCACUGGGGGAAGUCACUCCCGUAGGAUUAACCCAUCUCCAUUCAGAUCUCAUAGUCCCAGCACUGAGACAGAGGCAGUCCGUAAAACCCCCGCGGCACCAGGGUUGACAUCUGACCCCAACCCUGACCUUCAACCCCCUGCUACUUCGUCUUGGAGUCGAUCGAUGAGCUUAGACACCUCCUGCUGCUCCUCCUCUCUCCAGCAGCCGACAGUGAGGGAGAGAAGGGAUAGACAGGGGGUCGGGCUGCCCAGGGAUAGUUUACAUUCCUCACAUAGCUCCUCUAGAGCACCAGCACUCACCCCCUCCUCGCCCUCUUCUGCUCCAGCUCCAGAUAAAGCCAUUACCUCCUCCUCUACUGUAUCUCCCUCGACUGAGCUAAGAGCCCAAACAAGAGCGGCCUCACCCCUCAGCUCCCGCUGGAGGUUUAGUUCUGGAGACGAAGAGGAGGAACAUACCAGGAGAAGAAGAGGAGGAGGUGGGGGAAGCAGUUUGAGGGGUCCUUCCGGCCCUGCUCCAUCCCCCUCCUGCAGAGGAGGAGAAAGGGGUGCCACAGAGCGAGGAGGAAGCUAUUUAUCCCGCAGCAAAAAUAGCCGGUUGGGUGCUAAGGGCAUUGGCAGGUCUUCAGGCAGUGAGGAGGACAGCCCUAGUUCUUUAGGCCCCCACAGUCGAGAGGCAGGCCGCCGCCGCUCGCUGAGAAAGAAGAAGAGGGUCAUCGGAGCUGCAUUAUCAACAGGCCGUGAUGAUUACGAUGAUCAUGAUGGCGAAUCAGAAGACAGCGAAAGUGACAUGGCCUUGACAAUGGAGCACUUAGACAGGCACCACCAGCAAAACACAGGAGGAGAAUUUGCAGGAACAUUAUCUCGGAGCUUCUCGGCUAGAGAGCCCAGUGGGCACAGUAACAGAGCCAGGGUGCAGCAAUGGGAGCGCAUCUCCUCUCCUGUAACAUCCUCAGCACUUCCUGGUGUAUCACGCGUGUCAAAGGUCAAUAUCCCCCCAUUUUUUUCCAGUCCUGGUGGUUCACAUUGCAGCAGCCGGCACUCCAGCACUGAGACGCUGAAGGAGGAAGGUCAUGCUAGCUGUGCCAACCGUGAAGAAAAUGUGAGUUUAAAUGUGGGUGAUACAGGAGGCAGCACUAGCAGAACAGAAUCCUUGUCUGUGCUGAGUAAAACUUACCAUGGGAAUUUUACCAUGUACCGUUCCCCAAGCUUUGGCCAUGGGGAUAACUUCUCUUGUACCCCAGUGCGACUGCGCCCCAAAAUUGUACCCACAGGGACCCCCUCACCUAGUGUGCUUGGAAGAGAAGGUGAGGUGUCUACAGUGGUCAGGGGUGGUGAGACCCAGGCAGUAAGGAGCAGAAAAAGUGGGGAUGGGGUAGAUGAUGAUAUUAAAAACCGAAUAUCCAUGUCCAACCCUGACAUCACCUCAGAAACAAUGACACUUUUAAGCUUUCUAAAGUCUGACCUCUCAGAGCUCAAGGUAUGUAAACCAAGUGGAGGGGAAAGAUCUGGGAUUGUGGAGGGGUCAGCGUACAGGAUGGGUUCACGGACCCUUCUACCUUCUGGUCGCCGCCCGUCACUAAAAGACCUGACAGCCACCUUACGGCGUGCAAAGUCCUUCACUUAUUCAGACAAACCCACCACACCUGAGAGGUGUUACGUGAGAGGUGGCACCACAAAAAGGAGCUCCUCUGAACAGCAGCUUAUCUUGGAUGGAGAGAGGGAUGGAGGGAGGGUGUCUGUGUCGGACAGGGAAGUAGAAAGCGAUGGGGGGGUUUUCAGGGGUGAUAGAGGACAAAGAAUGAGAGAUUAUGGAUUUGAUGAUGAUGAUGAGGAAGUGAUGCCAACUCCUUUGCAAGAGAGGUAUGUGCAGGAAGCUAGGCAGGUCAUCCGAGAUAUCUGCCAGAUGAGUACUAGGGAACUUGAAGACGAUGAUGUAGAUGUAGGGAGAACUGAUGAAGAUUUGGAAGAUGAAUGUUUCCAGGUCAAGAAAAUAAAUGAAGGGAAGGAGGAAACAGGAGUGAGUGUUCAGGAGGAGGCAAGGACAGAUCAAGAGGCUGAGCUUAAAAACACAAAAGACAGGGAUAAACAUGAGCAGGAGAGAGAGAACAGGGAGAGGGAAAGGAGUGAGAGGGAUGGACAAAGUGUGCAGUUAGAGAAGCUCAGCAGCAGAGGCACAGAGUACAGGGAGAAAACGAAGAGACAGGGCAGAGAGCCAGAGCGAGCCUUACUGAAGGGCGACUCGGAGGAAAGUAUGUCCUACGACCGCUCCCUGGACGAACUCUCAGGUCAUGAGUCGAGUUUAACAGAUGAAGGGAUUGUGACAGAGCCAGAGAUAGGCCCCUGUGACCCCUCCGAGAGGUCAUUUCUGGGGUCAGCAGGGGUCAAUUUGGGGUCUCGGAUACCUAAGGAUUUGCUAGGGCAGCCUGUCACCGUAUGGAAGGAGUCGGCUCUCCAUGAAGUGGAGGGAUUUAAGCAGGAGAGAGAAGAAAUGACAGAGAACAGCAUGAGUUGUACAAGUACUGUAAAUGAGGUCGGCGUACCUCCCUUCUCGCCGCCUUCUGCCCGUAUGGCUGAGAGUGACUGCAUUAUCAUGGACUUGAGCUCUGCCGCUGAUAUCAACAAUGUCAACUCAACUGGUGAGGAGAUCAACAUCAACAAUGCAGUGUUAGAGGGGUCAGUAGACACCAUAGGUGGAGGACUUGAAGCCCCUGCGACUCCAAGUGCUGCUCGUCGAAGGCGCAAGUUUUCCCCCCCUGGUAAUAAUAACACUGGCUCUGAUUCAAGUAAUGCGGAAUUAAUAGCGACUGCUGGAAAUGGGGAGUCCACAGUCUACCGCUCUCUCAGUGACCCAAUGCCUCAGCGAUGUUGUUCUGUGGCAGAAGAAGGGAAUAACAAAUUUUCCUCUGUGGACAGCAACCUGUUAGGAUCCCUGUCUGUCAAAGGAGGUGGAAGUGUAUCGGAGGCCUAUGCUGUGUCUACCUUGUCAGAAUACAAGGGUAGUGUGGCCAGUGACUUGUCAGUCUACAGUGAUGGCGGUCUCCGGGACGAUGUCGUUCGUGACUACAGUGGGGUGAUAAGGAGCAUUGUAUCCGAGCCAGGUGCAAUGGACAGACUGAUGACAGAGGAUCAUGGCAAAGCUCCUAAGAAGAAGUCAUUCAGUGACCCCAGUCGCCGUAGUGAUGCCCCUUUACUUUCCCAGAAUGACCCCCAGUUUAAAGGUCAGUCCAGCAGCACUCAGCCAAUCAGUGAGCUGGAGCAACCUGGCCAGAUCCCCCCUUCCAGCAGUGAGCCAAUCCUGAAUGAGCAAAGAGGGGAACUGUGGGAGCCAGAAGCUAAACCUGAACAUGCAUUGCCAAUAGAGUUGCAUCACAAUGCAAACAGCAGUAAUCAAAGGGCUAGAUCCCAGUCAGAGUGCCUCCCCCUCUCUGAUAACCUGGAUGAUGAAAAUAAUGAUGUCAUAGACCAGGAUGGAGAGGAGAGAGAAGAAGAGUUGAGAAAGUUUAACUUUGACCUGCAUCUUGCUGAGGCACUGUCCCCUAGAAUGAUUCGCCGGCCCUCCAGAAAGCAUCCAAACAGGCUGGCACACUUUUACCCCCACGAGGACCCCUUCGAGCCCGCAGAACAGGGUUCAGAGGGGCAGGAGUAUCAAAAUGACCAUACUGACCUCACCCCUACUCGUCCCCCUCCCCCACCGCAAUCCAAACCCAGAAACAGACCCAAGCAUGUCCGCCAUGCCAGCGAACCUACAACCUUUAUCCCCAUCUCCCCACCUCCACAACUCCAGCCGCUAAAGGAAGUGGACUGCCUCGCCCGCAAACCCACUGCAGAGCCUCCAAUCUUAACGAAGUCUCCUGGAGAUGAGGCCCCAUCUCUGGAAGAUGUGACUCAGAAGUAUAUUCUUCAACUGAGCACUGCUGAUAGAGACACUGAGGGCCCAGGGCCUCUUCCAGCACCCAGGGAUGGAGCUGAAGUUUCCGCAUCGGCUCCAGAGGGGCCCAGCAAGACCAACGCAAGUGGAAUAUCAGAAGCUGGGACACAGAGGGGCACAGAGGACACUGCAUCCAUACCUAUCCCACAGAGGUCCAAGCCGAGAGUGGACAUGAGGAAACAUGUGAUGAUGACCCUCUUGGACACAGAGCAGUCAUAUGUGGAGUCACUACGCUCUCUCAUUCAGGGCUACAUGCGUCCUCUCAAACAGCCGGACAGCGGCUCCAUAGUGGACCCUCUGCUGGUGGACGAGAUGUUUUACCAGAUCCCAGAGAUCCUGGAGCACCACGAGCACUUUCUGGAGCAGGUCGCCGGCUGCGUCGGCCAAUGGCAUGACAGACAAACCGUCGGACACCUCCUCAUCCAAUCAUUCUCCAAAGAGACUUUGGCUAAUAUGUAUUCAGCAUACAUAGACAACUUCCUUAAUGCCAAGGAUGCAGUGAGGAUUGCCAAGGAGGCCAAGCCAGCGUUUCACAAGUUUCUGGAGCAAAACAUGCGUGAGAACAAGGAGAAACAGGCUCUGGGUGAUUUGAUGAUUAAACCGGUGCAAAGGAUUCCACGAUAUGAGCUGCUGGUUAAGGACCUGCUCAAGCACACCGCGGAGGAUCACCCAGAUCACCCGUUUCUACUGGACGCCCAGAGGGACAUCAAGCGCUUGGCUGAGAAGAUCAAUAAGGGGCGGCGCUCGGCUGAGGAGGCAGAGAAAGAGGCCAGGGUCAUUCAGGAGAUCGAGGCGCAUAUAGAGGGAGUUGAACAUAUUCUGAACCCACAGAGGAAGUUCUUGAGACAGGAAAUGGUCAUGGAGGCGAAGACGGUGGGCGGAAAAAAGGACCGUUCUCUGUUCCUCUUCAGUGAUCUGAUCAUCUGCACCACUCUCAAGAGGAAGUCUGGCUCAUUAAGACGCAGCUCCAUGAGCCUAUACUCGGCUGCAAGUGUGAUUGAUACUUCCAGUAAAUACAAGUUCCUAUGGAAACUUCCUCUGGAAGAAGUGGAGGUGGUGAAAAGCUCUACUCAGGCAACGAACAAGGAAAGCAUCCAGAAGAUGAUCAGUCGAUUAGAUGAGGAUCUCAGCACGCUGGGUCAGGUCAGCAAACUGUCGGAGACCCUCAGCUUCCCGCACCAGUCCUUAGACGAGGCGAUUAAGGAUCUGAUGGCGUCCGUGCACAGGGAGCUGUCAGAGAAACAGUCUUUGGCCUUCAGUAUGACGUUCCUGCCCACAAAGCUGGAGUUUACUACCGCCUCUGCUGAAAGCAGCUUUGUGUUCGAGUUUACCUCGCCUGACGCCCGCUCCAACUUUGAACAGGCAUUCGAGGACGCCAAGAAGAAACUAGCUAUGAAUAAGGACCAGUGGGAGCCAGAGUUUCUGAAGGCAAUCCCCAUAAUGAAGACACGUAGUGGAAUGCAGUUUUCAUGUGCCUCCCCCAGCCACAGCUGCCCGGACAGCGGCUGUGAAGUGUGGGUGUGUAACAGUGAUGGAUACGUAGGACAGGUGUGUCUGUUGAACAUCAAAGAUGAGCCCACAGUGGAGGCUUGUAUCGCUGUCUGCUCAGCGAGAAUCAUCUGCAUUGCUGCUGUACCAGGACUCAAGGGAAGAGAGCGUGGAUCAGAGCCUGCCCCCGGGCCUCCCUCCAGAGCGCCUGGUCAGCAGCUCCAUAUAUCCAUCUCUCAUUCAUCUCUGGAGCUGACGGAGCGACCCACUGGACCAGGGGCGGAGCUUGUUCCUUUCGACAGCGAUGACACAGAUGACGAGGAUUCACCAAGUCCUUCUUCCACUCUGCAGAGCCAGGCCAGUCAUUCCACCAUCUCCUCCAGCUAUGGCAAUGAUGAGGGUCCAGGCUCCAAAGACAUGGCUACAGAGACCACCAGCAGCGAAGAGGAGCAGGAAUUCCCAGUGGCGAGCUCUUUUGGCGCUCCGGGGAUGUUAGGAGUUGGCGGAGGAAACCGUGCCCAGGCAGAGAGCCCCAUGGACGGCCGGGCGAUGCGUCGAUCCUCCCGGGGCUCUUUCACCAGGGCGAGUCUGGAGGACCUGCUAAGCAUCGACCCCGAGGCCUACCAGAGCUCAGUGUGGCUGGGCACAGAGGACGGAUGCAUCCACGUGUAUCAGUCCUCAGACAACAUCCGCAACCGUAAAAACAGCAUGAAGAUGCAACACUCAGCUUCCAUCCUCUGUAUACUGUAUUUUGACAACAAAGUGUUUGUGUCCUUGGCCAAUGGAGAGGUGAUCGUCUAUCAGAGAGAAGCAGGGAGUUUCUGGGACCCUCAGUCUUCCCAGACGCUGGUUUUGGGCACGCCCAGUAGUCCUGUCACCAAAAUGGUUCCCGUGGGAGGGAGGCUUUGGUGCGGCUCACAGAAUAGAGUCCUUAUUAUCAACACGACCACCCUGGUGCAAGAGCACUGGUUCCAGGUGGGCACUGACAGCAGUCGGUGUGUGACGUGCAUGGUGGCGUACGGUCAGGGCGUGUGGCUGGCGUUGCAGGGCAGUGCGCAGGUCAAACUGUACCACGCUCAGACCUUGGAGAGCCUGACAGAGGUGGACGUGGCGCCUGCUGUGCACAAGAUGCUCGCAGGCGCAGAUGCGAUCAUCAGACAGCACAAAGCCGCCUGUCUGAGAAUCACAGCGUUGCUGGCCUGUAAGGAUCUGCUGUGGAUUGGCACAAGUGCAGGGGUGGUCCUUACAUUGGUGAUCCCAGCUGUGAGCUCAGGAACUGGGGCUGGGACGGUGAAAUCUCCCCUGGUGCCGAUGGGCUCGGCUCACGGACACACGGGCCAUGUUCGGUUCCUCACAUCAAUCGAACUACCGGAAGGGUUUGACAUGGACUUCCCUCCUCCAACGACUGACUCUACAGGCACCCAGUCCCAGAGCGGCAGCACAGUUGACGGGAACCUCCAAAGGCGCGACUCUGCACGUCGCAGGGCUUCCGCCCACAUCCCUCCAAAAACCAACCAUCUGGUGAUUUCCGGCGGCGACGGCUAUGAGGACUUCAGACUGACCAAUAGCAGUGAAACAGUCGGACGGGACGACAGUACCAACCAUCUUUUGCUUUGGAGGGUCUGAGACAAUCGACCCCAGUUCCCUGCCUCUCGCUGAGAAUGGUGCACAAGCGCCGCCGCCACCCCCCCCCCCCCCAACCAUCAGACUUCUCACUUUCUGUUGUUGUUGUUGUUGUUGUUUUUGGUCUUCUGCUCGGUCCAGCAGUCUCUAUGUGCGGAAUAUGGCUGUCAACUCCCUCCUGAACUUUCAGAUGAAUACGAUCACUUCAAAGCCAGUUUUCUUCAGUAAUGUUUCUGAUGGUGUGUGUUGUUCCUCACUGUUUGCCGUCUGUGCACGUCUAUUGAAUUGUUUGGCAUCUGCGAGUGACGUCUAGAAACGUGUCUUUGCUCUAAAGUUUUCCCUGACAGAGACAGAAGAAGGCGGAGAAAUGAACUCGGACCCGAGAACAAGGAAGAAAGACGGACGAGGACUUGGACUCUCCGGUGUGAUUACACAGGAAGACAUUUAAGUGAACAUAGGCACAAGUGAAGCAUGUAAUUGUGCUUUUGACGUUUUGGAUAUCAUGACAAGAUAUAUGAAUAUUUUCAAAUGAAACAUACUAACAUACUGUAGUUUGAUUGAUAUUCUGAGUCCUUUAUUUUCACGAGCUUAGGAGAGAGGUUCGGUCAAUGUCUGUGAGCUUCUACAAGGAGUAAAGGACGACAUAUUUCCCUCCUUAAACCCCGAGCGAGGUCCAGCUCUGGACAGCACCUAAUGGCAGAUCUGAGAUCAGAUAAUUCUGGCCCCAAUAAGGAUGUUCAUUAUAACUACUCCCUGAUCAUUGCUUAUAGAUAUGAGACUGCCUAAACAUAUUUUCUCCUCAAGGGAGAGAGAACGAGAGCAUGAUUUAAGUGCAAUAUAUGGCAAGGGUAUCUAAUAAGACUAUAAUCACAUAAAUACAGUCACAUACAUUAAUUCACAGCCUUCCCUCUCUUCACAACCAUAAGUGUGUGUUUUGAAUGAAUGAAGCAGUGUCCCAAAAAACAUGACUAUGUCAAAGUUUUGACAUUAAGAGAUCUGAAAAGAUUUCUUAUGCUAUGAAAUUUCACUUUAUUGAGUAUUCUCUGAGGAGGGACUUGUUUCGCUGAUUUCCACGACAGAAAUGACGCUAGGCUGUGGUUGCAGACAAAGAUAGUUGUGUACAGUAUUUAUGGUUUUUAUUUUAGCGCCGCCUUUUACAGCACUUAAUUUAUAGAAGAUGUAGCUUUCACUUUUUUUCUUUUUGAGUAGAAGAACAAGGAGACCAUGGCGUGAUUACCAGAACAGAAUCGCCAUCGUAGUUUGGCUGUGGCAGAGAGACAGGCGCACUACGCAUACAGUCCACUCAUGAUUUGGUGUGAUGCGCAGUUCAGGGUUCUUGUUUUAAAGUGGUAUGAUGCCAAAGUUGAGGGUCUGGAGAUGCAGAUGUUGGCCUGACAGAAAACACAGUCGCCCCUUUGCCUGUUUGGCCAAGAUUGCUUCAGUAUUUCAAUUGGCCCUUAUGCCCCUUAUGCACAAACACAGGUUUCAGUAUUGAUUGUUUAAGAACAAGAUGCGUGGGGUUUGUUUGUGUUUGUGGCACGAGACAGUGGCCGGUCAUUUGGAGAAGGUCAGAAGUACAAACGCUGAGCGCCCGCACGUGCCUUCAGAAGGCUAAAAGCUAAGCCAUUUUAGAAACAGACACACACACACAGUGAAAAGUUCACUCUCCCUCCGCUCACAGCAGAUGUCUGUGGAAGUGAAGGAUGACAUAGACUUGUCCUUGAACACACACACAUGCACGCACGCACACGCGUUACCCUCAGUCUCUGGGGUUAAGCAGUGAUCGUCUUAGAUCCCUCCAAGCCUAGAACACCUCAUUGCACCUUAACCAGCCAUCUGGGCAUUUCACCUCAGCCUUCCCACCUCCCAAGCAUCCACAUUGGGUUAACUCUCCGCUGUGAGCUGGGCAAACGGUUAAGAGGAUUAGCUGGCCAUUCUGAUGGCUGCCGACGAAAUAGUGAGCACACAACUGAGCGGCCAAAUUCCAGUUAGCUGGUAGUAGCCAGUGAAUAAUAUAGCAGAGGGAUGUCAGAGAAUUGGAUCAAACUUUGAGAAAGCAUUUUGGGAACUGGCACAGCGCUCACAGUAGAGCGCACGCCUUCGCCGAGGCCCAACAGUCCCCAUGAAUUCAAUCAAGUCAUAGAUAUCUGUCCUCUAAAUAUGCCUGUUUUUUUGGGGGGGGGGGAGAUCCAUGCAGGAUUCCACGGAAAAUCAGUGAAAAUGUCAACAUCUUUUAAUUUGUUCAAGAGGGAUAAACCUGGAUGCUUUGCCCCUUUUUCUGGAUCGUCACUGAAAUGUAAUGGGUUCCUCUUUGGGCGCAUGUCCUAUCCUUCCAAGUUUCGUGGAAAUCUGCAGUAUUUAGGUGUUUUUUGGCGUUAUUCCUGUGACAAAAAAAAAAAAAAAAAACAAUAGGAAAGGGGCAAAAACAUAACCUUGGCGGUGGUUUUAAGUAUGCUCGUGUCUAGUUGAGAGUUAGGUACCACUCUCGUGAAUGUCAAGCUACAGCCAGGAUAUGAUUAUCUUAGCAUAGAAUAACUACUCUAUUGUUAAGGUAGCAGAUGUGCAGGAUAAGUGUUUUGAAUAUUCAGUAGGAUUCACUAGUUCAUGUUUGGGAUUUCAGUGCCAAGAGCUGCCAGUUUACCAAUAAAGAUGCUGUAUAUCAAUGCUGGCUGUAUGGCAACGACAGGAAGGAGUCGCUAUAUUGUCAGAGGACACUGACAAUCUUGGGGUAUUUAGAGGAACAUCUGUGAUAUUUCAUGUUGCACCAGCGCUUUUUGAGCAGCAGUUCUAAAACAGAGUUGAGCAGCAAACGAAAAAAAAUCAUCAUUGCUCCUUGGUGGCGGGCCCUUGACCCAGGCUGAAAAGUUUAGUUUGAUGGCUCAAUGCGUUACUGUCUGAAAGUUGGAGUUGAAGUCAAUAACCUUAAAAUUUUUCUUUAAAAUCUGCCUUAUCAAGUAUUUGAGUGACUGAAUAAUCAUAUUUUCAGCAGUUGCAUUGUAGAUUUUGACCCCAGUGUAUUGACUUGAACCCUCCCCAUACAAACAUGCACAUGCAAGCAAGCACACUGCCUCUUAAAUAUGAAGUAAAACUCAAUGCUUAUUUGACCACACUGUUUCUGUGUGCCGUGAAACAGAUUCACCAUCACGUCAAACUCCUCUUAUCAUCACUGAUUAUCUCCCACAAACUUUGAAGUAACCUCCUCAUGUCCUUAUGUGAACAGUCUUUAUUGUUGUAAAUAUUGGAAUAUAUUGGCUUUUUGUUCUGUAAAUAGUGCACCCGCGGUACUCAAUUGUUCAUACGAAUCUAAUGUCAUAUUUUUUAUAUAUAUUUGUGUAAGGUUUGUUUUUCUGUUUUUUUUUCCUCCUCUCUCUGGCAUGUGCUGUCAGUCACGUUUAAAUUAUAAAAUGCUAUAGAACUUUCCAGAAGACGAAAAACGGCGUCUGUUGUGACCAGGGGGACCGAGAGAGUCUGGUGAUGUCGAUGUUUGCCUUGUCACAGAUGACUACAACAACCACAUGGUCGUAACUCUGCAUGUAAUCUCUGGUUGACCUCUUGCAGUCGUCGUUGUUACAGCAAUUUUUUUUUUUCCCUGUAUGUAGCUGUUUUUGUUUUGUCACUGUGGGGUUCUCUUUGUAAUUAAAUCAAUUCACUGGUGCAA